AUGAAGCGUACAUAUGAAGAAGAUGAUAUAAUCGAUGAAGAAGAACAAAGAGAUGAACAAACAAUAGUCCCACAUGAGAGUGAUAGAUUUAAAGAUGUAGAUGAAGAAGAAAUUAAAAAAGAAGUAAAAGAAGAAGAUGUUAAAUAUGUAGAACAUCUUGAAAAGGAAGAAGAAUGGACAGAUGAUGCCAUCGAAGGGGUAUACAAACAACGACUAGAAAAAAUGGGGUUUAGUGUUAAACAAACAAAAGACUCUGUAGUUCCAUUAGGAGAAAAAAAAAUAUUUAAAAGUGGGUUAGUAAUGAGAAAUGAAUUAUAUCAGUCAUUAUUUGAACAUCAACGAAUAGGUGUAAAAUGGAUGUACGAAUUAUUUAAACAACAUGCAGGAGGGAUUGUUGGAGAUGAAAUGGGAUUAGGUAAAACAUUAAUGGUACUUGCAUUUUUAGAGGGAUUGCAAUGUACAUUCUUUAAUAAAGAAAAAACAGAAACAUUAACAUGUGGUAAUUCACUUGUUGUAGCACCAUUAACUCUAAUACCACAUUGGGUUUCAGAAGCACAUAGAUUUGUUCCUUCGUUGAGGGUAAUUAUAUUACAUAAUGAUUUAUCAUCUACAAAUAAAGACAAUAUUAAUUUAUUAAACACAACACACAACUCAUUAUAUUUAACUACAUAUGAAUUUAUUAGAAUACAUAAAGAUAUUUUAAGUGAAUAUCCUUGGUUUUGUAUUGUAUUAGAUGAGGGUCAUAAAAUUAAGAAUCCUAAUGCAGAGAUUUCAAAAGCAGUUAAAUUGUUAGAAGCUCAUCAAAGGUUAUUAUUAAGUGGAUCACCAAUUCAAAAUAACUUAAGUGAAUUAUGGUCAUUAUUUGAUUUUGUAUAUCCAGGUAAACUUGGUACAUUACCUUUGUUUCAACAACAAUUUAUUAAACCUAUUAGAUACGGAUCAUAUACAUCAGCAUCAUACUUUCAAUUUAUGGCUGCACUCAAAUGUGCUAAAGGAUUGAGAGAUAUGAUUGCACCAUUUUUUUUAAGAAGAAUAAAAAAAGAAGUACUUCCAUCAUUACCAACAAGACAAGAAAAAUUUAUUUAUUGUCCAUUGACACCAAAACAACGAUCUAUGUAUUUAGAAUAUGUUAAUUCAAGUAGUAUAGCAAAAGUUAUUGAUGGAGAUAUGGAUAUGUUAGCAGCAAUAGAUACAUUAAGAAAAAUAUGUAAUCAUCCACAUUUGAUAAAUAAAACCGAAGAUUUAACACCUGAAACAAUAUAUAAAGAAAGUAGUAAAUUAAAAUAUGUAUGUGAUUUACUUAAACAAUUUCAAAAAGAAGGGCAUAAAGCACUUAUCUUUUGCCAAACUCGACAAAUGUUAAAUAUUAUUGAACAAAUGAUGUUAAAUGAAAAAUUCAAAUAUCUUAGAAUGGAUGGUCUUGUUAGUAGUAAUAAAAGACCAGAAUAUAUUUCACAAUUUAAUAAUGACCCAACAGUAUUAGUAUUUAUUUUAACAACUAGAGUUGGUGGUCUUGGAAUUAAUUUAACAGGAGCAGAUAGAGUAAUUAUGUAUGACCCAGAUUGGAAUCCAACAGUUGACUCUCAAGCAAAAGAAAGAACAUUAAGAAUUGGACAGGAUAGAGAUGUAAUCAUUUAUAGACUUAUUUGUUCAGGAACAAUAGAAGAACAUAUUUAUCAAAAACAAAUGGCAAAAGAAAUAUUGUCUGAUAAAAUUUUAUGUAAUGAAGAAGAAAAAACAAGAAAACAAUUUAAAAAACAAUUUAUUCGUGAAUUUUUUCAAUUAGUUGAUGAAAACCAAAAAGAAAUCUAUGAAAUUGAAGGAGAAAAAGAAGAAGAAACAACAAAUGAUAAAAAAAGUACUGAAAGUGAUCUUAUGAAUAAUAUUUAUAAUAAAAAUGAAAAUGGAAUUAAUCAAAUCAUUGAAGAAAAGUCUAGAGACUUAACUGAUAUUGAAAAAAGAUUAACAGAUGAAGAGACCCAAAAAAUUGCUGAACGAGCAAUUCUUCAACUAAAAAUGGAAAAAAAAAGAGAGAUGAUGACAGAAAAGAAAUCAGGAGAUAUAAACAAAUCAAACUCAGAAAAGAAAUCAAUCGCAGAAAGAUUGGCUGAUUUUAUUGAAAGUAAAAAUGGUAAAGGAGUUAGUACUAAUGAAGUAAUAGACAAAUUUGCUGAUGAUGUAAAAGGAAAUAAUGAAUGUAGAAUUUUUAAAGAAAUCUUAAAAAAAAUAUGUAAAUUCAAUCCAAAACUAAGAUUGUGGAUUCCAAAAUAA